CAUAUGAACUUUUCCCAGGGAGUUUGACAGUUCACACAGUAUCGCAGCUCAAUGACCAACUACCUCUCUCUGCCUACAACACACAAGGAAGACUACUCAUUACACCGAAACGAUACAUUUUAGUGUAGAUCACAUUAUACAACAUGUAUUCCUGUAUGUAUAUUUCACGAAUUACACAGGAUGAUGGCAGUUUGAAGAGACAUCCUUAUACAGUGGCGUUAAAAAGUAUUUGCCCCACUUACAGAUUUCUUUUCUUUUUGCGUUUUUGUCAUACUUACAUGUUUCAGAUUAUCAAACAAACUUUAAUAUCCAACAAAUAUAACCUGAGUAAAUAUAAAAAACAGUUUGUUUGAUAAUCUGAAACAUUGUAAGUAUAACAAAAACGCAAAAACUAAAAUCUGUAAGGGGGCAAAUACUUUUUCACGCCACUGUAUACCAAUCAUUAUGACCAUUUUUUCAGCGCCACUGAUCAUAUAGGACCAUUUGUAGAUCUCUAAUCACAGGUUGUAGUCCUUCUAUUGAUCUGCAUACUUUAUUAUCCUGCUUUCACUCUGUUCUUCAAUGAUUAGGACCCCAGAGAUAUGAGUGGAUCAGACGGCACAGUGCUGUCACUGCUGGACUGAAUAGUUUACAAUGUCAUAUAUGCUUAGUGGAGCUCCAAAGAUGUGUAAUGGGUAUAGAAACAAGGUGGUGUUCAUAUUAGUCUAGUCAGUGUAUAAUUUGCUUUAAUCAAAAUGCAUGUAUCUUUUUAUUGUGUGUUGAAACAGAACAUUGGCACUGAGAUGGCUACUCCACAAAAAAUUGUACUCCGUGUACAUAUUGCCACAGACGUCGCCAUGAAGCUCACUCUAAAUGAGCGUCCAAAGUCAGUUGAAGAACUGAAGAGCAUAAUGAAAGAGAAGUUCAAGCCAAAACUGAAUAGUGACUUCGACCUUCAGUAUGAGGAUCCUGACUUUGAUGGACAACUUAGUGUCCUUGUGGACAUGGAAGAAUUGCCAGAAAAGGGUACAUUGAAAGUAGUGAGAGCGGAAUGUGAUGAAAGUUCAACUGCAAGUUCUGAUACAGACAUACUUCCACAUGCACCUUUGACCCUGCGUCAGAAGAGCUGGCCUGAUUCUUUUCCUGUGCCAACUUUUUCUUUUGAAGUUGAACACGUACUUGAAGAAGGAAACAGGUCUGGAAAGCCACUGAUAUUAUCAAGAGCCCAAAAGCACAACAUCCUGGAAAAAAUGGCUGAAACGAUGCACAGCUUCAAACCUUACCCAAAUGACAAGGAAGUGGGGAAGGCAGCUGAAGCUCUAGUUACCGUACAUCCGUGCCUCAGAGAGCUUGGAAGUGACACUGGUUGGUAUGGAUGGAAAGUUAGUUUGAAAUUUAAGAUGGGGAAUUUUCGUUCAAAGCUGGCCAGGUCUGGAUGUGCAGAAGUGUCUGUCAAUGUGGGAAAGAGGAGCAAGAAUAAUCCUGACAGUGAUCACCCCCAUUCCAGUAUUAAACGAGCCCGGCUUUCUGAGGUUAACUUUCUGCCCAACUUUCCCAAGGGAGAGAACCAAGAUACUCUGAAAGACGUACAACUUCAAAUCGUACAAGAACUUGAAAAGGCAGAGAGAAACCAGGUAUUGAUUGCAAAACUAAUGCAGACGUCCUUUGCUCUUCGUCGGCAAGAUAUUGUGAAGGAAGAUCUACCGGUGAAGGAUAUUUUGACGAGCUGGCCAGCCCUACGAAUGGAGUCACAGGUGUUUGCGGAAUUCCACCGCAUAACCAACGUGAAUUUGAGGAACCAGUUCUACUCGGAAUUGGACCGUUGCACACCACGACUGAUCGCCUUGUUGAGGCAGAAGGCACUACACACCGGCAAGAUGGCAUUGGCGCUACGCAAGCUACUUGAGACUUAUGAUCGCCAGGAGGAAAAUGAUGUCAACACAAGACGCACUUUGUUCCUUCGUGCACUUCCUAUUUACCUGCGUGAGGAUGCCUCAGAGUUCUUCAAGACUUACAAUCAUGAAGAAGAGCCAGACAUCGCCGACACUCCUGUCGCCCUUUUCACCACUGGUGAAAACUACUUCAGCUCUGACAGCUUCUUCCUUGUAGUUGAGGGAGAAGUUGUUGUGAGGGAUCUUCCCAGGUUGCCUGAUGCAUUCAUUGUGUCCUUUGGCUUGAUCUAUGCUUUUAAUUUACAAUACCCAAAGAAACUCAUCCACAUGUUCACAUUUGUCCAGAAAGUACUGAUGUUGCUGGAUGAUGGAAAACCACUAAAGCCAUGUGUGCUCAAUCUGAAAAAUGAGUUGUUGAAAAACUGAACCAACCAACCAUUUUAAUUGCUGUUUUUUUUUUUUCUUCAAUUAUUAUUAUUAUUAUAUAUAUUUUUACAGGGACAUAUUUAAUUAUAGAAGUGGACCCGUCAUGAUAACAAUUUUUUACUGGACAAUAUAUCACCCCAAAAAUGAUUGAUAAACAAUAUUAGGGUCAUUAUAUAAGUUGCAGAAAAUUAUGUUAAUGUUGUAGUAAUAAUAAUAAUAAUAAUAUUAAUAAUAACUAAUACUACUACUAAUAAAAAAAACUUGAAGUUGAUAUAUGGGUUGAUUGGCAGUAACAGUAACUUCUUGCUAAGAAAAGUAUAACGGGUGUUAAGGAGUUUAGAAAAAUAAUUGAGGCAUUAUUGAACAGUAAAUCAAUAAUGUUAUUGUGACGGGAUAUUUAAACUCUUAACAAUUAUAGCCUUUAUAAUGGCAGCCCUUUUUUUUCUUCUCUCUGAAUUGUGUAAUUUCCUUUAAUUUAGACAGCUUGUUUGUGUUAUACCUUUGGAUUGGUAGCCUGUAAGUGUGGUUUCUAUUGGAAUUGGGACUUGUAUGGCAGCCUUUUGAAAUGGUAGCCUGUGCUAUAAUGUUAUAAUUGCCUUUGUAAUGGCAGUCUGUUUUAUAAUGUUAUAAUUGCUUUUGAAAUGGCAGUCUGUUUAAUAAUGUUAUUGCCUUUGAAAUGGCAGUCUGUUUUAUAAUGUUAUUGCCUUUGAAAUGGCAGUCUGUUUUAUAAUGUCAUAAUUGCCUUUGAAAUGGCAGCCUGUUUUCUAAUGUUAUAAUUGCCUUUGAAAUGGCAGUCUGUUUUAUAAUGUCAUAUUUGCCUUUGACAUGCCAGCCUGUGCUGUUAUAUUGCCUUUAAAAUGGCAGCCUGUUGUAUGUUACAUUGCCUUUGAAAUGUUGUUGAAGGACUGAACCAAGCAACCAUUCUGAUUGCUUAAAUGCUUUUUUCCCCCAUUAUUGUUAUUAUAUAUAUAUAUAUUUUACAAUUAAAUAUUUAAUUAUAGAAGUGGACCCGUCAUUAUGACAUUUUUUUUACUGGACAAUAAGAAAAUUAUCUUAAUAUUAUAGUAAUAAUAAUAAUAAUAACUAAUACUAUUACUACUAAUAAUAAUAAUAAUACUUAAAGUUGAUAUAUGGGUUGAUUGGCAGUAACAGUAACUUCUUGCUUACAAAAGUAUAAUGGGUGUUAUGCAGUUUAGAAAAACAAUUGAGGCAUUAUUGAACAGUAAUUCAAAGUUAUUGUGACGGGAUAUUUCAACUCUAACAAUUAUUGCCUUUAUAAUGGCAGCCUUUUUUUUUUCUUCUCUCUAAAUUGUGUAAUUUCCUUUAAUAUAGGCAGCUUGUUUGUGUUAUACCUUUGAAAUGGCAGCCUGUUGUAUGUAAUAUUGCCUUUGAAAUGGCUUUUUUGUUAUUGCCAUCAGUAGGCAGUCUGUUUAAAUUGUACAGCCGUUGAAAUGGCAGAGUUUUAUAGUUUUAAUAAAUAACUUAUUUUGAAA